CUUACAUGAAACGUCAAACUUUAAUUUUCGAAAUAAUGGCUACACUGCCAACAGGGCACCUUCGAUCGAUGGGCUGCUGUCAACAAAAUCUUUAUAAAAUAUUUAUUAAAUAAAUUCUUUAUAAGACGCAGUCAUUCUUUUACGACAAGUUUAGUUCUGUCCAUGUGCAUGUCACAAUAUUGUGUAUGAGUGAAGGCUGCAACAUCUGGAACGAUAGUGAAAGUGAAUUGCAUAGUGAUUCAAUUCCAUGAUAGUGACGGGGCUGUCGGACACAGCUGUAGCAUAUGUGAGCGGAGCUCUUGCGAAUGUUAUGUAAGCGCUGGUGUCGUGCGGCAUGUCUUGGAUGAAGCGGCCACAGGGUGGCACGGCACCGCCGCCGGGCCCCGAGCGACAGUCCUACGCCGCACCCCAGGUACAGGCAUUUGGGAACCAACAGAACAUGUACCCAAACUAUCAAGCAAGUACCACAGGUAAUGUUCAACCACAGCAGUUCUGGCAGGCGCCAUCCCAGCAACAGGGCCAGUAUGGUCAGCAAUUUGGACAAGUGUACCAACAACAAGACUAUUCUGCCAAUGCUAACCAAUUUUAUCAGCAACCAGGCCCAGCAAACCAGUUUAACCAGAACUAUACCAGUCAAGGUUUUAAUAACACUCAACUGCAAAGUUACCAGCAAAAUUAUUACCAGACUGAAGGAGCAAUACAGCAGAAUUUUCAACAAAAUAAGCCCAAUGCUGACAGUUGGGAGGACAACUGGGACUGGGGAUGGGAGGAAUCAGCUAAACAAGCACAGAAAGCUAACCAAAAUGCUAGCCAGCAGCCCGCACCCCCUCAACAGGCAGCCUUCAAUAAUGCUAAUGUUAUAGAAGAGAGCUUUGCUUCAACUGAUAGCUGGAAUUGGUCAAUGGAUGAAAAGAAGGAGUCUAAAGAACCUGUGUCUGGUCCUCUCAACAAGGAAAAUAAAGAACCUUUUAAUCUUCCAUCAAACCCUGCAGCAGGUAGUAACCCCGAGUCUGAAACAGUGAAUAACAUGCCUCCUGCACACACAGAGGAAGUUAGGAGCUUGAAUGAUAAGGAUGUGGUGAGAGAGCGUCUGCCUAAUUUAGCUUUAGGUAAACGAUUCCACUUAGACAAUUUAACACCGCAGUGGUCCAUAGAAUCCCAAAUGUCCCAAGAAUCAAGUGAUGGGCCUCAUACACACUCGGAAGGAACUUACAGGAGUGAUAAUCAAUCAAGGAACUCUAAUAAGAGCAGUCCGGGGUUAAAUACAGACAAUUCCAAUUUUAAUUAUUCCCAAGUGGGCCUUGAAGAAAGUUUCCCUCAGAACAAUGAAUGGUCAAGACCUACAGAUGAACCACCUAAUGACCAUGCCCAAAGUAACAGCAGACGCGAAAGUCAUGAUGACCUAUCUGGAUCUCUGCAAGAACUGAAUUUGAACAACCAUGAAAAGCCAUUAACAGAGGCAUCGCAUCAGAUUCAUCACGAUGAUUCUAGAAGCACUCAUGAUUUUAGUCCACCGACACAACCCCCACCGGCUGUGUCUCCACUUAGUUUUCCAAAUCCUGUUCCAUCUGCAAUGGCUGCCAACAUGCCUCCACCACCACCAGUUUCAUCUACAUCUAUACCUUUAAGCGCAUCUUCAUCUGCGGCAUUGCAAGCUGCUUCUUCUUCCACCGUAAUACCUCCUCCAAACUUCCCACCACCCACUUCAAAUCAAAAUUCUUUGAACCCAUUCAAAAUGAAUGCAGGGCCAUUCUCUCACAAAACUGUAGCUAAAGUGACAACUAGUGCUGCAAAUGCACAGGCAUUCCCGGCACCUAAUGUGAGUCUAGCUUCUCCUGCAGUUGUUAGCAAAGUAUCUCAGCACAACCGAGUGCCACAGGGAUUUGAAGCAAACCUGGAAACUACACCAGAUAACUCGGAACGGCCAGACCAACCCCAAAUAUCAGCGUUUCGACCAUUGCCUGUCUCGCAACAGGUACCAGAUAAUAUGGAGAUAGCUCCGCAGAAUGAUAGAAAUGAAUAUUUACAAACGGCCCAUUUGUCAAGCAGCGAUUAUGGUGAAAACACAGAUUUUAGUAGAGGCCCACCUCCACCUGGACUGCGACGAAUGGUAGUGGGUCAACAGGAGUCUGAAUAUACCCAAAGUUUGAAUAUUUCUGGAGAUGAACCUCCGCCUGGCUUGGCUAGAAUGGUACCAGGUCAACAGACUGAAUCUGUAAAUGCGUAUAACCAAGCAGGAGAUAAUUAUUUGGACCGUCAUAUUGACGGCCAGCCCACUGAAAGCAGCGCCCGUCCUUACCGCCAAGCUGAUGGUCAACAAACACCUGACAAUUACACACAGGCACCUCCUGCCAGGGCCCCAGAGAGACGACCUAUAGGGCUGGAUAGAAUGGUUCCAGGCGAACCAAGCAAUGAUGAGUACCCCCAAUAUCCAAGUACUAACUACGCUGGUACCAAUGAACACCGCGUUGUUACAGGCUUGGAUCACGACUUUUCUAUGCCGACUGACACCGGACCACCAGAUGUCAGGGAGCAAAAUGUCGACGGUUCUGAUUACACCGAACAGACUUCUAGGAAUCCGCCCAGAAAUGUAAUAGGUGCCAGGGAGUCCAGUAACGACGCCUCUCCGGAUUUCAGUGCACCGCCAGACGAUCAGCAGAGGGAAGUUACUAUGGAGGGUGAAAACCUGCAAGAUUUAAGUACAAUUUCUUCUACAGAACUAACGUAUUCCCGAGAACAGGUAUUGGAUGGCGCUGAUAUUACACUCGCAGAAAUAGCUACCGACAGGAAAACUGAUUUAUCAGAUUCCCUAGACCACCCUACGACAAGUUCUAGGCGGCAAUCUCUCAAUAGAGUUAACACUUCGGGAGAAGACUCCGAAAGAGAUAGAGCAUUCAAAUCAUCGCCAAGAAGAGACAGAGACAAGCAUAAGUCGACCAGAGAUAGGGAUUCGAAGCGGGACAGAGACCGCGAUCGAGAGAGAGAGAGGGAACGAGACAGAGAACGUGACAAAGACGGCAGGUUUUCUCGGGGCGAUCGCAAGUACGAGUCUGAGAGGAGGUCCGGCAGGGAUGAGCGCCGCGAGCGCGACGCCUACCCGCGCGAACGACGCGACCGCGACAGCCCGGACGCGCGCCGCCACCGCCGCGCACGCGCUCCACGCUACGAGACCGAGGACACGGACUACUACAGCGACCGGGAGCGAGAUCGAAGGCGCCACCGAGAGGGAUCGUACACCUCUUCUAAGCCGCCCCGUCCAGAAGACAAAGAGCGGCGUUACGUUGAGGAGCGAGACCGCAAUAAACGGUAUCACACGAUAGAACGAGACAGACGAUACGACGACGAGCGCGAGAGACGCGAGCGGCGGCGCAGUGACCGCUACCGCGACCGCGACCGCUACGAGCGCGCGUACCGGGACAUCGACCCCUCGCGGAAGCACGGCAACCUGCGCGCGCAGCGCGACGACGACGUCAGGAGAGGCGAGCUGUCGGCGGCGUCGCGGCCCGAGUCGCGCGAGGCGCCCGCCACGGACGAGGACACGCACGACGCGCGCCGCCGCGCCCGCGCGCGCCGCACUGCCGAGCCCUUCUAUGACGAGUACGGCAGCGGGAUGGGUGGCGGGUACGCGGACCCGUACUUGGUGCAGCGCCAGCAGUACCAGUACUACGAGCACCUGCGGCUCACCAACCCCGCCGCCUACAUGCAGGUGUACAAGCAGCUCAUGGCGGGCCACGCGCCGCCCGUGCCACCCUACUUCACACCGAUCACAGAGCUGGGCGGCGCGCAGUACGAGGAGCGGCGCGAGGACCGCGGCAGCGUGCACUCUGGCCGCUCCAGCACCACCGGCCUCAAGGGGAACGACACGGACCUGAACACGGACAUGUCGCUGAACUUGCACCUGGAGGAGUCGACGGUGCGCUCCGAGAGGAUGACGCCGUUCCGGUACUCCACGGCGCACACCAAGGGCAGCGUGGCGUCGCGCGACGUGGUGGUGGUGCCGGCGGGGUACCCCGCGGACGGCGCGCCGCCCGCCGUGCGCGUGCUGUCGCUGGCGGCGGCGCUGCAGCAGCUGCCCGACGCCGCCGACCUGGCCGCCUACCCCGGCCCACUGCUCAAAGGCGUAACCCACAAGAAGAGUGUGAUCGAGUACUGCGAGGUGCGCGCGCGCAGUGCGGCGCACGAGGGCGCGCGUGACGUCACGGGCUACGUGCUGCUCUGGGACCUGCUGGCGCUCAUGCUGCGCCAGAACGGGGUGGUGGUAGGCUCGGACAUUGCCGAGUUGCUGAUGAAGAACGCCCGCGAGUACCCGAGCCCUGCGCCGCCCAGCCGGCGGGGCUCCGCUGCGGCCUCCGAGCCCCGCGACCUCCACGCCGAGGACAGCUUCGCACCCGAUCAGGCCGCGUCCCUAGUUGACGACUUGAAUGAGGAAGCACAGAGCUCGCCGGCGCAGUCGGCGGCGGAGCAGCGCGCGGCGCUCGACCGUCUGCGGGAGCUGCUCAUAUACGGCAACAGGCAGGAGGCGCUCGAGACGGCGAUGCGCGCGGGGCUGUGGGGGCACGCGCUGGCGCUGGGCGCGGCGGGCGGGCGGCGCGCGCGCGCGGCCGUGGCGGCGCGCUGGCUGGCCGCGCUGCCGCGCCGGGACCCGCUGCACUCGCUGCACGCCGCGCUCGCCGCCGGGCCCGUGCCCGCCGCCACCUGCGUGGCGGACGAGCGCUGGGCGGACUGGCGGCCGCACGUCGCCAUCAUCCUGGCCAACCCCUCGCCGCGCCCCGACCACGACCGUCGCACGCUGCUGCAGUUCGGAGACAGCCUGGCGUCGCGCGGGCUGCUGUACUCGGCGCAGUUCUGCUACGUGGCGGCGGGCGAGCAGAUGGCGCGCCACCCGCUGGCGCCGCUGGCGGGCCCGGGCGCCCCGCCCGCCGCGCCGCCGCGUCUGUCGCUGCUGCUGGCGGAGCCCCGCGCGACCACGCUGUCGCAGUUCGCGCACAACAAGGCCCUGUUCGCCACCGAGAUCUACGAGUACGCCAUGUCGCUGAACCAGGACGACUUCGUCCUCGCCGAGUUCCAGGCGUACAAGCUGGUGCUGGGCGUGCGGCUGGCGGACGCCGGGCAGUACGAGCGCGCGCUGGCCUACAGCGAGGCGGCGGCGCGCGGCGCGGCGCGGGCCCCAGUCUCGCGCCGUCUGCUGCGCGCGCUGGCCGCGCUGGCCGAGCGUCUGCAGCACCACGACCCCGCGCUGCUGGAGCCGGCGCCCGACGACGCCGACAGCGCCGACGCGUCGCCUCGCCACGCGCGCUCCUGGCUCGACGACGUCAAGCAGGCCGCCGAGGCCGCCGAAGCCGCCGAAGCAGCCGUCGCUGCCGAAGCCGCCGACGCUGCGCAGCCGUGGGCGGACGCGGCGCAGGCGCAGGGCGCGGCGUACUGGCCGCCGCAGGGGGCGCAGCACCCGCAGCACCCGGCGCCCUACUCCCUGCCACCCGAGGAGACCCCCGACUAUGCCACGCAGUACUACGCGCAGCAACAACAACAGCUCGGCCAGCAACAACAACAGUUCGGCCAGCAACAACAACAGCUCGUUCAGCAACAACAGCUCGAGCUACAGCAGGAACCUCUGCAGCAGCAGCACCAGGCGCCGGCGGAGGAGCCGCCUCAGUACGGCCAGUACGAGGACUGGGGCCGCGGGGACGAGCCCGGCCCCUACGCCGACCCCUACUGGCAGCCCGACUCCUACUCAUACGGAGAGGGCGAGGCGCCGCAGAUCAGUAUGCCGGGCUCGCGCCGCGCCGACACGCUCGCCGCGCCCUCUGCCGCCCACCAGGAGGAGGAGCCUGACACGGAGCCUUCGAAGUCGAGCGGCAACAAGAAGCAGGAGGGCAAGCCCAAGGACGAAGGCGGCAAGGAAGGCAGCAAGGCCAGCAAGGGCGGCGGGUGGCUGGGCGGCAUCCUGACGAAGCUGUCGCUGCGCCCCCCCAACCAGAUGAUCCUGCCCGACGACAAGAACCCCACCAUCGUGUGGGACCCGGAGACGAAGCGCUGGCGCAACCUGGACGGCGACACGGAGGACAGCGCGCCCCCGCCCCCCCCGCCGCGGGACCUGCCGCCCCCCCUGCAAAACACGUCGGCUCCUCCGCCGUCUGUCGGCGCCCCACCCUCCGCGCCUGUCUCUAACAUAUUUAAAAUGCAGAAAGGCAGACACAUCAAAAAGUCGUACGUGGACGUGCUGAACCCCGGCGGGGCGGGCCCCGCGGCGGCCCCCGCGCCGGCCCCCGGCCUGCUGGGCCCCAGCGUGCCGCUGCAGCCGCCGCCCAACUACUUCGUGCCGGCACCGCUGCCACAGAGCGGCGUGUACGAGCCGGGCGCCGCCAUGGCGGACGGCCGCGACCCGCGCGACCACGCCGGCAUCUAGCGCCCACUCUACAGCCCUACAGACACUCCGGCCUUCUUCAAUACUUUCUUCUUAUUUCCGACUCUCGCUGUGUAUACUCAAUUGUUAAGAAAUAUUUUAUUUUAUAAUUAUGUUAUCGUUAUGAACUGAUGGUAUUCCAAUGUGACACAAUGUUUUAUAAAUUACUAUGUAGAUGCACUUAUUCUUAUUAUUUCUGUCCCUUUGUUGUCAAUUUUUUUUCUUUUAGAUAUAGCUAAGUGUAGGUGUCGGUACCGUGUACUGUAGCGGGGUAACGCUGCUUGUAUAAAUCAAUGAAUGCCUUAGUAAGACAAGGAUACGCGUCAUGUGUAUAAAGCAUAGUCUCGGUAUAUAUGUAUAUUGGAAUGAGGACAGGCGGGGACGCGUGUUAGACAUUGUAUUAUAAUUAAAGUAAUUCAAAACAUGGAAAAUAUUUAAUAAAAUGUUUAUGUUAUGCUUAUGGAGUGUUUCAUUUCGAAUUCCAUUUUUGUCAAUACUUUAUCCUCAAGGGGCACUGGAAUUGGCGUCGCGUUGGGUUACCAUGGAGGUGGACGAGGUACGUUAAAAUGUCGUUCAGUCGCGAGUGAGUGUCGGUGCCAGAUGGCGGCGGACGCGGGCGAUGCGCGCCCCUGUGGGGGGCGUGGGCGGUAGUGAUACUUCUGUCUGCAAAGUAGAAGGUGCAUUGCUUAUCUCUUCAAAUUUUAUUUCUGUGUGAUCAGGGUGCUCCUCAUCUUCGAAUUCGUUUUCGAUUUUUCCCUCCGCUGCGCCCACAAUCUGGAGGACGGCGGCGCCGAUAGUGCAUACGACGAAUAUCGCCAUCAGUACGGAGAUCACCAACAAUGCUUUAUUGGAACACACUAUAGACUCGCGACAGAUAUCGCCGCGUACAAUACCUUGUCAACACACACCAUCACUCGAACGACAAACAAAACUGAAAAGUCAUUAGAGUGUCAUUUCAGAGAUGCAAGCACUAGUCUAUGGCCGCGCUCUAUUCUUCGAAUCUGCUAUUUGCCAGUGUUUGCAGAAC